UUUUAUACUAAAAUAAUAUGUAACGUUAAAAAAAGGGGUUAUAUAGACUGGUAAUUGAGUACAUGUCAGAGGUCGAGUAUAAUCAAGAGUGGAGUGAGUCCGUGAACCACCAGUCUUUUAACGGUAAAGUUACACUGUUGAUUCUGAAUCGGUAGUAAGAAAAAAAAAUGGCUACUCUUGAAAGAAAUUGUAGAAUGUGUCAAGUUUGUUCCGAAUCAUGGCCCCAUAAAAGUCUCAGAAUACUACCUUGUAAGCAUAUUUCCUGUAUUGAAUGUCUAUAUCAACUCCAAGGAGCUUACUUAGUUGAAUGCGCAGUUUGUCAUAAAGAUGCUGUUGUACCUGGUAGAGAUGUUGAUAAUUUUCCAGUGUAUAAAGCUACCUUUAAGCAUCAAAAAAAUCUAAUUAAAGUAAAAAAAAGUUCUUGCCCAUGCAAAUUAUCUUACAAAUGUUACAUAACAAACGAAGGACUUUAUUCAAUUUCGACUAAAGAUCUGAGAACAAUUCUGUUUAAACCUUCAUUCGAUGGCUUUAUACUACCAAUCUGUCUUAAUAAAGAGAUAUCCGACUUUGCUAUUACAGAUAACUAUAUAUACGCCGUUGAAAAUUCAACUGGUAAAAUAUUGUCGUCGACAAAACCAUUUGAAGGAGAGAUUAAUCUAAGAUUAUACAGUUCUAACAGAGUGAAUUCAUUAAAGGCAAUAGAAGAUGAAAAUGGCGAUAGUUGUAUAAUAGGCUUUUUAGAAUGCAGGAAUAAAUGUCUGUUUAUUCAUAAAAGUAUUUACAGAUGGUCAUCAUUGAAUUGUAAGAGUAUUGAAUGUAUUCUUCCAAAUGGUAAUCCUAUCAUAAAAACAUGUGAUAAUAAAUUUGUCAUACUCGAUAAACUUAAAGGUAAACCUUUAAACGAGUUAAAAUGUAAAGGAUUAUCACAAGUUUGCAAUUUUUCACCACAUGGAAUCCUGCUAGCGCAAACGUCAUUUGACAAAUACAGAAAAUAUUACGAAGAUAACGAAUAUCAAUACAGAUACACAGAUGCGGAUGACGACAUGGAUCAGAAUGAGGAGUAUGGUAUUAGUAAUAAAAUAAUUAAAAUGGAACUUUUCCUAUACGAUUAUAACUUUAAAUUAAUAAGAAAACUUAAUGAUUUUAAACGUGCUAAAUUAAUUGGAACAGCAAAAAAUGGUAAUAUUUGCUUACUAUUCGUUAAUGGUAAAAUGAAAACAUACGAAUGGAAGUAAAGUGUCUUUUUUGUCUCUUUUCAUUGAGUUUUGUUGUUUUCUUGCAUUGUUUUCAACCUAUUCUAUGCGAAUUUUACAAUAGAAAUUUGAAAUAAAACUUGAGAAGAU